AUGAGUACUUCUGGCCUGUCCCCAACACAGAUCGAAAUACGCGAAUCGAUACAAAAAAUAUGCAAACAAUUUCCGGACGAAUACUGGGCGGAGAAAGAUAGCAAGUCAGAAUACGCAGGCGAUCUUCAUCGCGAACUUGCAAAGGCAGGGUAUCUAGGCAUCUGCAUGCCAACCGAGCACGGAGGAACAGAGCUUGGCAUCUCUGAGGCAACAAUAAUGAUGGAAACAAUUUCCGAAUCAGGAGCAGGUGUAGCCGGUUGUCAAACAAUUCAUGCAAAUGUUUAUGCCACUGUGCCGAUAUUGCGCUUUGCUUCCACGGAGCAAAAGGGUCGCUACCUACCAAAGAUCAUUAACGGCAGUCAACGCACUUGUUUUGGCGUUACAGAGCCAAAUACAGGACUUGAUACACUGAAGCUACAGACAAGAGCGGAGAAGUUUAACAAUUCAAAUGCAACGAAGCGUCGCUACCUGGUCUCCGGACAGAAAAUAUGGAUAACAAACGCUCAAGCCGCCGAGCGCAUGGUCCUUCUCGCACGUACCACUCCGCUUGAGCAACUCGACACAAGUCAUUUGAAUAGAGGCCUCUCGGUAUUCUAUUGUGACUUUGCAAGAGGAAAAAGAGAAGGUAGUAUCCUGGUCCAACCUAUACAGAAGAUGGGUGGACGUGCAGUUGAUGCAAAUCAAGUCUACUUUGACAACUUUGAAAUAGACGAGAAUGAUCUCAUCGGUUCAGAAGGAGAAGGAUUUAAGAUCAUUCUCCAUGGCAUGAAGUACGUCUACUUAAUCUUCAUUUCCAGUUUUCACAUUUCUCUUCCACCUUAUUUUUCGCUGGGACUCGGAUAUGCCGCCUUACGUCGUGCGACAGAAUACGCAAGAGUAAGGCGUGUCUUCAAUCGAACAAUUGGCCAAAAUCAGGCUAUCCAACAUCCACUUGCACAAUCUUGGUGUGCACUCGAGGCAGCAAAGAUGCUUACUUUACAUGCAGCACGAAGGUUUGAUGAGGUUAUUGGCAUUAGCAACUAUAAUCAGUCCAAAGACAAUACUUCUCAUGCAGAAGUAGGUGCUCUCUGUAACGCAGCAAAGUACAUUGCUGCAGAAGCAGCAUUUGAAGCUUGCGAGCGAGCAGUCAUGACUCACGGAGGAAUGGGUUACGCUGCCGAUUUUCAUGUCGAAAGAUACUUACGAGAAUCGUUUGUUCCACGCCUAGCUCCAGUCUCGCGUGAGAUGAUUCUGAAUUUCAUUGGACAGAAGGUCCUUGGAUUACCAAAGAGCUACUAA